AUGUCCUUGCUCAAGAACCUCGGCGAUGAACCUCUCAAGACAUUUACGGUCUCUCUUGACUAUACUGAAGCCGUUGCGAUCAAAGACUUCAAGGACGUUGGUUCUCACUCCUGGACCCAAGUGGACGAUGAACCCAUCCUCGUCAUCCCCGGCGCGCCUGCUCGCUGGACGAACCCGUCUAUACCCCUACAAGUUGCUCCUGACCAAGGAACACGCUUUAUCGAUCAUACGGGUGCACAAUGCGAUAAACAGGGAGUGCACAGGCUGGCCCCGGUCUUCCAAUCGGUCGACUUUUGCACUCCCAAUUUUGAUUACAAGCAACUCGAUAUUAUCUGCAACCGAAACAAUCUUCGAAACUUGCUGCGCUGGGUCGAGUACUCGACCAAGAAGGACUUUCGCAUCGACCUACACUUGAUCAAUGGAGAUAAGACGCUCGUCAUGGUCGAGCAUGAGGUUUCUAAGACGGAGGACAUACCAGAAGGAGCGUUUCGCGGCUAUGGUGAUAAUUUUCGUCAGAGAGCCGUUAUUGCACCGCCUGGUCAGACGAGACAUAACCGUAUAGUCACCUACACUCUGGGUGACUUUCGCCUUCUCAUGGGCCACAAAGUUGAAGCCGCGUUUAGAGACAAAGAUACCCAGGACGAUGUCGACUUUCUUGCUAAUGCUCUUGGGAAAGCUAAGGUUGGAAAAGCAGGUCCAACUCGAUCUGAGACACCGGGGACGUUGCAAAUGCGCCAAGGAGAGGACCCGUACAAGCAAUACAAGUUUGUCGAGAUCAAGACCAUGAGUCAGCGCAAAGAGAUUGACUGGAAGGACUUCUAUCCGCAACUCUACCUUUCGCAAACGGCACAGGUGCGGGUGGCGCGCCACGACCGUGGAACCUUUAGGAAGAUGGAGACGUAUGACAUCUUUUCCAAAGAUCUGAAGAAUGAACAGGAGAUAAUGGAGCUGCGCCUCGCGAAACUCGCCCUCUUCCUCAAGGAGCUGCGCUCAACCCUGCGUGAGCUCGGAGUCGGCCCUUGGAGCCUGGUGUGCAAGCAAGGCACUCUUCGACUCUAUGACUCGAAGGAUGAUCCUCUUCCCGAUUUUAUUCUCUCCCGCUUCAAUGUUGACGAGUAA